AUGUCUCCUGACUUUGACGCGAUUGUGGUGGGUGCUGGUUUCGCAGGAAUCCGCAUGCUGUAUCUGUUGAGGGGAAACGGAUUUAAUUUACGAGGGAUUUGGCGUUACAACGGCCUCGGUGGGGUUUGGUACGCCAAUCGCUACCCCGGCGCACGAUGUGAUAGUCCCCAGCCCUUCUACCAAAUUCAAGACGAGACAUUAGCUAGCGAUUGGACAUUCUCAGAAAGAUUUCCAGAGCAUGGCGAGAUUCGUGAUUAUUUCCAACACAUCGAUUCUAAGUGGAAUGUGAGCAAGGACUUUGACUUCGGUGCCACUGUUAUUCAAGCGUCGUUCAACGAGGAUUUCCUCUGGUCCGUCUGGCUGUCUGAUGGAAGGUGCUUGACCGCGCGGUGGUUUAUUCCCGCGGUUGGAUUUGCUUCCAUCCCAUCUCUGCCAGCAAUCAGAGGUAUCCAUCAGUUUCAAGGGGAGCUUCAUCACAUUGGAACCUGGCCACUUUCAGGAGUUUCCCUGAAGGACAAGCGGGUUGCUGUUCUCGGUACCGGCGCCUCGGGAGCUCAGGUGGUCGCUAGAAUUGCGCCCGAAGUGAAAAGUUUGACAGUCUAUCAAAGGACGCCUGUUGUGGUUAUCCCAGUCUCAACCGAAUCUGACAAAUUUUCCAAUCCGCAUGCUGCAUCUUUGACACCGGAAAGGACUCGCGCGGCUUUUAGACGAUCACCGAAAUCGUUCUCCGGCCUCGACUAUUCCUUUCAAGAUUCGGAGUCGGUGGCCGUAGGGUCUCCACUGCGUGAUAUCCUGAACAUGCGGUUAUACAAGGAAGGAAGUCUUGGUCUCAUCUGGGGCAACUUUUCGGAUGUCUUAGCGAACAGAGAAGCCAACGAACAGUUAUAUUCGUCCUGGGCGAAGCUGACUCGAGCGAAGAUAAGAGAACCAACCAAACGAGACAUACUCGUCCCGCGCAUAUUUCCCUAUCCGAUUGGAGUCAAAAGGGCUUGCUUUGUGGACAAUUAUUACGAGUCAUUCAAUAGGCCCAACGUGGGUGUGGUAGACACCAGGAAAGAAGAGUUGACAAAGAUCACCAGAAAAGGCAUCCAGAGUGGCUCAACCGAACGCGAAUUCGACGUCAUUAUCUGCGCAACUGGAUUCGAGACUUUGAGUACUGGUAUAACCAGAUUGAACAUCACCGGCAAGCACGGCGUGCACUUGACCGACGUCUGGAAAACCCGUAUCAUUUCCUAUCUGUGGAUGGCUGUCCCUGGAUUCCCUAACAUGUUCUAUCUAUUCGGUCCACAGGGUCCAACAAUUAAAGUGAACGUUCCCACGACCGCUGAAUGUCAGGCACAGUGGAUCUUGUCCAUUUUGAAGAGUCUCCGCGAGUCCCAUAUUGCCUGCUGUUAG